AUGUCGGGUUUGAGUGACAGACGAGCCGACAACAAUACCGGCGCUGUGGAAUCUGACGAGAGCCGCAUUGCCGCUGCCAUGAAGGAGCUCAGAAACACGGGUUGGUACUGGGGCAGUCUGACGGCUAAUGAAGCCAAAGAGAUCCUGCAGGACACCUCCGAAGGCACCUUCCUGCUGCGGGACAGCUCUCAGAGAGAUUACCUCUUCACCAUCUCCGCCAUGACGUCAGCAGGUCCCACCAACCUGCGGAUCGAGUUCAAACACGGCAAGUUCAAGCUGGACUCGGUGGUCCUGGUGAAGCCCAAGCUGAAGCAGUUCAAGAGUGUGGUCCACCUGGUCGAGUACUACGUCCAGCUGUCCAGGAGCAGCGACAAGGCGGCGUCGGCGUCAAAUUCUCGGGUCUCUCCGGUGCCGCCUAAUGGCACAGUGCAGCUGCUACUCACCAAACCCGUGUACACCUCCACGCCAUCCCUGCAGCACCUCUGUCGCAUCACCAUCAACCAAAGGACACGACAGGUUCAGGAUUUGCCGCUGCCCAACAGACUAAAGGACUACCUGACGGAAUACGCCUACAAUGUGUAAGGACUGAUGUCAUCUUACUGAUCCCAUCGUGUGCUGCUCUACAGGGUCACGCAAUAAGCUGCAGUGUCGAUGUGCUCUGAGUCUGCAGCCAAUCACGCUGGAGUCAGAGGGGAAAGGUCUGAUGGAAACGCCGUGUCACAUGACCCCUCCUGACCACAGCUACCUCUCUGCUCUGUGGUGACUUGACACCUCGUCGUCCCCUCACCUUUACCAGAUCAUCACUUUUCAGAACAUCCAUUUUCCCCUGAAUCCAUAUGCUGAUUUUUAAAAUGGACCAGAUAAAUCUGAAGUAUCUGAAGUAUCUUAAGGUAUUAAUGUUUACAGUGGUUACUGAUGUGGUCACUGAUGUUACCAUGGUUCUAUGAAACGUCAUAUUACAAAUACCAUUAUUUAAAAAGCUUUGUUAUUAAUUUUGCUUGUUGACACUUUGAGUGAUGCAGAGGGGGAAAGUGGUGCUAUCGGGCUGCCCCUAAGUUAAUUUUAGAAAUAAAAACCAGAAUAUUGUAUUUACCUUCAUGAAAACAAUAAAAAUAUUUCUUUUAGUUUUCAGGUUUGCUCUGCUGAU